AUGCAAGGACUCGGUGUCAGUAUCUAUACUUUGGUCAUCAAGGAGGGCAAACGUUAUUUCAUGAAUUUUCAUUUCAUACCUAAACUCGGAGACGAAGCCCUGAAGCUUGCAGGUCAGGAUCCUGACUUUUACCGCAAGGAUCUGAUGGAAGCCAUUUAUAAUGGCGCGUACCCUCAGUGGGACUUUGCUAUUCAAACUAUUGAGGGAAAGGAACCCGAUUUUGACUUCGAUAUUCUUGAUGCUACCAAGGUUUGGCCAGAAGAGCUCGUCCAUUUUCGAUGUAUCGGAAACUUGAUCUUAAUAAGAAUGUGGACGAGUUAUUCACCCAAACUGAACAGGUCGUGUUUUUCACUAGUCAUACCGUGCCCGGGAUUGAUUUCUCAGAUGAUCCCUUUCUACUUUGACACACAGAUCAGUCGGCUAGACAUCAAUUGGGAAGAACUACGAAUCAACCGGCUUUUCAGCCUAUUGAUGAACUUGAAUCGCGAUGGCGCAAUGCGUCACCAAAUCAGUAACAGUACCGUCAACUACUGGCAAAAUCGAUUUGAGGCGCUGCCACCUUCCAAUGAGGAAGAGGGUAUACGCGCGCUUACCGAGAAGUUCCGCGACCACCAUACCCAAGUACAGACGACCUACAACUCGACGUUUGAGCGCGAAAGUGCACACAUUAUGAAGGCCUUCACGUUUGAAUUUGACCACUGUGAUGACCCAGUUGCAUACGAACGUCUCACCGGGACUAGGCCCGCCGAGAUUGACUUGAAACUUGCGCAGCAAGUCGCUGAGCUAUCCGGAGCUCUAAUUCCUGAUAAAUAG